AUGGCGUCCGGGAGAAGCACACUAGCCGAAAGUCUCCGUGAGCUGUACCAGUUCAGCGUGGUGGAUUACUGCAUGUUCGGUGCGAUGCUAAUCCUUUCGGCCAGCUGUGGAAUAUACUUUGGCUUCUUCAAAAGAAACAAAAGCGAAGAGGCGGAAACGCCCGAAAGCAGCAGCAGCGAUGAUGAAAGUGGGCAUCGUACGGUAGUGUCCGGUACGGGGAAGAAUAAGGCAAAGACCACCUUCGGAUCAUCGACCAUGGAUGAGUAUCUGCUGGGAUCACGGAAGUUGAAGGCAUUCCCAGUGGCAAUGAGCCUUGUGGCGGGAUACAUAUCGGGUGUGACGAUACUUGGAACUCCGGCCGAAAUCUACAACUUCGGUACACAAUAUUGGCUGAUCGUGAUACCGAUUCUGCUGAUGGGUGUCGCCGUCUGCACCGUCUAUCUGCCGGUGUUCUGCUCGCUUAAGCUGAAUUCUUCAUAUGAAUAUCUGGAGCUGAGGUUCAACUCGUACGUCCGGUCGAUAGCAUCGAUCAUGUUUGUCAUUGAUGAGCUUCUUUUCCUCCCGAUGAUCAUCUACGUACCGGCGUUAGCAUUCAAUCAAGUGACCGGCUUCAAUCUGUACGUGAUUGGCGCGAUCGUGUGCGUCGUUUGUAUAUUUUACACCCUUCUGGGAGGUAUUAAGGCUGUGGUAUUUACCGACGCGUGGCAGGUAGUGGUGAUGUUCAUCUCCGUCGUUGUCGUCGUCAUUAUCGGCACAAUCGCGAUCGGUGGUCCGGAUGUCAUAUGGGACCGGUCGGUGGAAGGCGGACGGAUAGAUUUUUUCAAUUUCAAUCCCUCCAUGUACGAGCGUCAAACAUUUUGGGCUGUGCUGAUCGGUGGCUUCUUUUACUGGACGUCAUUCAACUCCGUAAACCAAACGAUGGUUCAACGGUACAUGUCGCUACCAAAUUUGAAGAAAGCAAAGCUUUCCAUUGCGAUGUUUACGGUUGGAAUGGGCGUGUUUGUGUCCGUCUGUUGCUACGCUGGUUUGCUGCUGUAUGGCAAGUACUUCGAAUGUGACCCGGCCACGGUUGGCCUUGUGACGACGGACGAUCAACUGUUUCCCCACUACGUGAUGGAAUCGGUUGGAAAGUUGAAAGGCAUCCCGGGACUGUUUAUUGCUGGUGUAUUUGGAGCUGCACUUAGUUCACUUUCCGUUGUACUGAAUUCUACCUCAGCUGUCCUGCUAGAGGACAUUUUAAAAGGACUGUUUCGGGUUAAUCCCUCCCCGUUUGUGGCGAAUGUUUUCGUGCGCGGCAGUGUGGUUGUACUUGGACUAGCCGCUAUGGGAUGCUUGUUCAUCAUCGAGAAGCUGGGUGGUAUACUGAGUGUGGCUACCUCCCUGUCGGCGAUUGCAGCUGGGACGACGUGUGGAAUAUUCACACUGGGAAUGUUAAUUCCAUGGAGCAAUACGAAAGGCGCACUGUUCGGAGGUGUGUCGGGUGCGCUGCUGUCCGGUUGGGUUUCGCUUGGUAGUCAAUUUGCUGGUGCAGCGGGUGAGAUCGUACCACACAAGCUGCCCGUUUCGGUGAGCGGAUGUAUCGAGGAUUUGAUCACAAACGUUACCUUGGUAAAUCCGAUCUAUCCCGACGAAAGGGAUGUUUUUCCGCUGUAUCGGCUUUCCUACCACUGGAUUACUCCGAUCGGUGUACUGACGGUGCUAGUCGUUGGCACAGCCGUAUCGUUCAUCACGGGACCUCGGGAUUUGCGGCACAUCGACCCGGAACUCAUCUCACCCGUGAUCCAUCGAUUCUUGCCACAGGAAUCAUUCGGUAACUUCGGAACGGCAAGCAAGAACUCAACGGCGGGACCAGCGGUUUUCAGUGAAGAAAUGCAACCACACACAAAUUUGUCCCCAUCAACGGGUUCAGUCCCAUACGGUUCGACGGUGGAACGAAAUGGACAGGUAAUGAAAUCUCGAUGA